UUCGAUUUUAGUAUCAACUUAAAUGUAGAAUCGGUCGAGUGUCGUACUAACUUAGGAAAUUAGUGUGUGAUUAAAAUAUGUGUCGUGUUACUGUACAAGUCAUUCGAUCGGAUUGGAGUUAAUCGAAAAACAAGAACGUUUAAGUGCAAUUCAAAUUGUGCCAUAUAUAGACGAACGGAAUCGAGUGAAUUUUUUUCCCUGUUAUUUAUGUUAAAUGGGUGAGGAAGCAACGUUCAGUGUCUUGAAUCGUAAAUGCAUUCAUGAAUGGAACUAUUAUUGUUGAACAAUAAAAAGUAAAAGUUGAAUUGAAAAUCUUGUUUCUAAGAGUGUUUGUCGAUGUUCGAAUAUAUGCGUUAGCUGUGAAGAACUACAAUCAAUGUUAUUGUGAUAUCGAAACGGAGCAUUAGUCUCUCCUUUUGUCAUUUUUCUUUAUUUAUUAUUUUUGGUGUUCUACAAACGUUUCAUGGUGCUUCUUUGUUUGUAAACAAAAUUUCAAUUGAACGAGAUAUUCGUUUUGUAUUUCAUCUUAUUGCUGUGUGAAGUGCAUGUAACUUUGGUGUGUGAGUGUGUACAAAGAUCAGAACACUCCUUUUUGCUGUGCAUUUUCGAGAAUUGAUCAAACAGCUGCGCAAUUGCUUUUUCCUCUGAUUUGCAGACAAACGAUGACUGAACAAAUUUUAACCGAACAGUGAGUGGAGUUUAAUACCAAAAAAAGUGAAAAUUAUAAAAGAAAAUUGAAAAGUUACUGAUGCUGUGAGUGCUAAAUGGUGAAAUGAAAAUGUUACCCACGCACAUUAAUGCCGUCGAAUUGAAUGCUAUACAUCGCAAAGAAAAUGAUAAAAAGUGUGCUAACGGUCGUGAGCUGUUGGUGAAAAAUAACAGCUUAAUCGGUCGUCGAUUAGCGAAUAAUAUUCCGCCCAUUGAUAUAAAUCUACCAUGUGAUAAUACUUCGAUACCAUCAACAUCGCUAAUCGUCAGCAAAUCGGCCAAAUUUCUCGACAUUGGAUUCAAGAAUCUGAGCUACACAGCAUCAACGGGAUUAUUCAAACGAAAAAAUAAAACAAUUUUAAAUGGUUUAAAUGGGGAAUUCAAAUCCGGUGAACUCACCGCCAUAAUGGGACCAAGCGGUGCAGGAAAAAGCACAUUAAUGGAUAUUUUAGCCGGAUACACCACACACAACGUCAACGGACAAAUCACAAUAAACGGACAAGAACGCAAUUUGAAACGGUUUCGUCGGCAAACUGCUUACAUCAUGCAAGAUCAUAAUCUUCAUUCCUUCAUUACCGUUAUGGAGGCGAUGCAUUUCUCGGCGAAUCUGAAAAUUGGCAGUGAAAUGACACAAGCGGAAAAGAAGCUUAGAAUAAGACAAAUUUUAGAAGCAAUCGGUUUAUAUGAAAGUCGAAGAACCAGAACGGGAAAGCUAUCUGGUGGACAGAAGAAACGCUUAGCAAUUGCAUUGGAGAUAUUCGAUAAUCCGCCUGUGAUGUUCUUUGAUGAACCAACUAGUGGUUUGGAUAGUUCAACAUCGACACAAGUGGUGAUGCUGUUAAAGAAAUUAGCCGCCGAAGGUCGGACAAUAAUCAGCACAAUACAUCAGCCAUCGAAAAUCGUCUUCGAUAUGUUCGAUCAUCUGUUUGCACUGGCCGAUGGUCAAUGCAUUUAUACCGGUGCCACCGUGCAGUUGGUUCCGUUUUUAGCGAAAUUGAAUUUAGUUUGUCCGCCAUCGUACAGUCCCACUGAUUAUCUCUUAGAAAUUUCAACACAUGACUAUGGCUAUCAAAACAAUAGACUAGUUGCGGAGACGAUGAACGGUAGUCAAAUAUUGUAUCGAAAGAAUCAUCGAGACACAGUACAAAAUAUAGCAAUGAUGGAAGCAGAAAAAAUGACAGCAUCGGGUUUGAUUACACCAGUGAGAGCACCACAUCUACCGAGUAACGGUCACUAUUACCAGCCACUAUCACCGCUAAGCGAAUGUCCGGCCGAUCCAAUGAAAAAACCGAAAAAGAUUCCAUUACAACUCAGCCCGGACAAAUAUUGCUCGCGAAGCGAAACCUAUGCCACCUCAUUUUGCCGGCAAUUGUCUCUGCUACUGUUACGCACAACAUUGGUUUUGUGGCGUGACCGAUCGCUGACGGCUAUGAGGUUAUUUAUCCAUGUUAUGAUUGCCAUACUGAUUGGCACAUUGUACUUUGGGAUCGGCGAGGACGCGUCAAAUGUGUUCAACAUUUUUCGCUACAUCUUCUUCUCGAUUAUGUUCUUGAUGUUCACGGCAUUCAGUUCCGUUACAUUAGCUUUUCCACUCGAACUGCCUAUAGUAACGAGAGAACACUUCAACCGUUGGUAUUCACUGAAAGCAUACUACGUCGCAAUGACUCUUGCCGAUGCACCCAUUCAGGUUGGCUGCAUUUUGAUUUACAUAAUAAUCACCUACCUUAUGACAUCGCAACCGUUGGAAUGGUUUCGAUUUGGAUUAUUUUUCGUUAUUUGUCUGAUGGUUGCGCUGGUAGCACAAAGUAUUGGUUUGGCCGUUGGUGCUUUAUUUAGUGUUAAGAACGGCGCCAUAUUCGGACCAUUUUUCAUUUGUCCAUUCUUGAUAUUUUCUGGCUUUUUUGUUCAACUCAACGAUGCUCAUCCGGCAAUGCAAUGGCUGUUUCAUGCUUCGUUUUUGAAGUAUGCGUUGGAAGGCGGAACAUUGGCAAUAUUCGGUUAUGAACGCGAACGAAUGGAAUGUUCGAAAUUGUUUUGCCAAUUUGUGCUGCCAAAGAAAUUCAUUAAAACUGUUGAUAUGCACAAUGGUGAUUUUAUGACUGCAGUGAUAGCUUUAGUAGUAAUAUUUUUUAUAUUUAGAUUUAUAGCAUUUUAUGUGAUGUCGUUUCGCGUCCGAUCGAAGCGAUGACGAUCGGUUUUUAUUUCUUUAUAACGAAUUAACGAAUUUUUAAAUAUUUUUUUUGCUAAUUUCUUUGUUUAAAAAAAAUGUAAAUUGAUUUUAGUUACACAAAUUUUUUUUUUGUUUAAUUUAUUUUACACAGUCUAUGUAAAUGUGAAUAGGUUUAAUUGUGUACAUACAAAAAAUUGAAGGAAAUCCGUGUGGAACGUAAUAAAAAAAAAUGGUGAACCAAAGGAAUAAUUUCAGUUAAAUAAAACAAUUUCGAAUGGACUG